AUGUGGGACGCAUUUCGCCUCUCUGGCUCCGCCACUGAUUACGAAGCAUAUAAAAGACAGCGAAAUAUUUGCAACAAAGUGAAAUUGAUAAAGCGCCGGAAGUUCGAAGAAAAGCUUGCAACUGACAUGAGGAUGGCCCCAAAGAAGAUCUUUGCUUACGUGAAACGCCGUUUGAAGCCAAAAGGUGACGUGUCAUGUCUGGGAGACGCGGACGGACACCUGCUAACUUCCAGUUCCUAUCGCGCGUCCGCACUAGCCGCUCACUUCGCUUCCGUGUUUGCAAACGACGCGGCGUCCAUACCCAUCUCAGCGAGUAACAUUCCUGUAGAAUUCAACAGUUUGGCUUGUAAUGUCGACGAGGUGCACCUGCUACUUGCGAACCUUGACGGUACCAAGCCUGCAGGACCUGACGGGCUUCAUCCGCUAAUUAUCAAAUCACUAGCUGCCAUUAUCUCGCCUGCUGUUACGGAUCUAUUCAACAAAUCAUUGUCUGAGGGCUCAUUGCCAAACGACUGGAAGCGCUCGGUGGUGAGGCCGAUCCCGAAAGGUGGCAAUCCAAGUAAGGUGAAUCACUACAGGCCAAUUUGUCUUACACCGGUUUUGGCCAAAGUGAUCGAGAAGAUAGUAAAAAGCGUCUAUUACAUCUGUUGCAAUUGA